ACGAGUUGAUCUGAGUCACAGAGAGCGCAGAGCUUGUGGAAGUACAAAUCAAAAAAAUGGAGAACACGGCGAUGCUGAAGGACUGGUUCGAGCGAGUCGACUCGGAGAAAACCGGAACCAUAACAGCUCCUCAGCUCAAGAGCGCUCUCUCCGUCGGAAACCUCGAAUUCUCUCUCUCCGUCGUCCAGCAAAUGAUCAGGAUGUACGAUUUUGACAGAAAUGGCACUAUGAGCUUCGAUGAAUUCGUUGCACUCAACAAGUUCCUUCUUAAGGUUCAACAAGCUUUCUCUGACCGAGAAAGGGGUCGUGGCUAUAUUGUUCCGGAUGACGUAUAUGAGUUUGCGAGAGCUUUGAUCAAAAGAAGAAUGGGAGAUUUCGGCUGGAUGACUUCAUAUCUCUUUGUAUAUUUUUACAGUCUGCUCGGAAUUUAUUCAGUUCAUUUGAUACAGCAAAGCAAGGCAGGGUGACUCUUGAUCUCAACCAGUUUGUCUUUUGCACUGCAAAUUGUAGAAUAUGAAAUCAACUCCAGAAUACCAGGCAAAGGUGACUAGCAGAUGUGGUACAUUGCCUCCGUACAUUUGUCUGAUGUUUAUACUAUAUUCGAUUUUUCUGGCUCUGUAGUUCUUUUAAUACAAUUGUUGAUACUGAAAAUUGCUUAUUUGAAAUGAUGAUGCCAAGCAAGAUGUGCUUUAGUAAUGGCCAAUGUGUCUCAGCUCAAGUCUUGGUUUGUUU